AUGAGCACGAGGAGAGACUACAGGGGCUACGAGCCGUUGGCUAGUGGCGGAGCCCCAGUGGACAAACUAUUGUCAGAAGCUAAGAUGAUCCGAUCCAGGACUUUGCCUAUGAACUUCUUCGGUGAAUCACCGGUUACGUUUGAGUCUGAACUGAGGACACCGGCUAGAGAACACGUCGUUGACAAGCAAUCGAAGAAGGUGAGCAAGGUUCACCCGAUCUUCUCCAUAUUCGAGAAGAGAGGCCGGAGGAAGAAGGCGACCGCUAAACCUGAGUUCUCAAGGUACUUGCAGUACCUCAAGGAAGGUGGUAUUUGGAAUGCUAAUGAAUCUAAGCCUGUCAUAUAUUGA